GUCAUACUACUGUAAAGUGUCGCGCGGUCGCUAUGGUUUCCCGUGGUCGGUGAGUCUGGAAUCGGUCGAGGUGACGGACGGAUCGUUUUUAAAUUCGAUCCCCCUCAGAAGGACGGAAAUGGACAACUCGGGGACUGGGGGAGGCUUACGGGCUGGGUUCGGCCUUUUCAGCGGCGGCGGUGGCGCUGGCUCCUCGGUGCCAGAUUAUUCUCAGCCCGACCUUUCCCGUGUUCCCUUAACUGGAAUGAGCCCUUUGUCUCCAUAUCUGAACCUUGAUCCUCGAUAUUUGAUCCAAGACACCGAGGAGUUUAUAUUACCAACCGGAGCUAACAAGACUCGAGGAAGAUUCGAGCUGGCUUUUUUUACGAUUGGUGGUUGCUGUAUGACUGGUGCUGCUGUUGGUGCCAUAAAUGGCCUGCGUUUGGGAUUGAAAGAGACUCGAGAUAUGGCUUGGUCAAAACCCAGAAAUGUUCAAAUCCUGAAUAUGGUCACAAGACAGGGAGCUCUAUGGGCCAACACACUUGGUUCCUUGGCUCUCUUGUACAGCACGUUUGGUGUUGUUAUUGAAAAAGUUCGGGGUGCAGAAGAUGAUCUGAACACAGUAGCAGCAGGAUCCUUGACCGGCCUACUGUAUAAGUCCACAGCUGGACUUCGUGGGGCAGCACGGGGAGGAUUUGCUGGCUUUGUGCUGACUGGACUGUAUGCUCUCUACAACAAUUGGGACCACUUAAAGGGUGUGUCAGUGCGGCAUUCCCUCUGAGGCUGCAGUGUGGGAAGAACCAUCAGGAGCAUUUGAAUAGGUGUGUUACACAGUGAAUGAGACCUGAACCCAGAGUGCAACUGAUAUAAAGAUCUUAACUAUUACUUUAUCCAUAAAUUUGAUGAUUUGAAGAUCACUCGCAGAUAUUGAGUGGAAGGUGACAUUGCGGUGUUAGCUGUUUCCAGUCUUACUGAGACAUCGGUCCAAGAUGAAGCAGUGUCGGCAGAGGUGAGAGAUGCUUUUGGUUGCAGGUCUGAGACCAGCAGCAAUUCUAAUUCUGAUGGACCAGUGCAAAAUAAUCUGUUGAUAGAGCAGUUGGUAACUAAUCAGCCAGACUUCUUCCAUUGGUAGGAACUGACUGCUAUAGUAACAUUAAGUGGAGUAAUGCAGUCAAAGUUUGAAUUGGAUCCCACGGACCAUUUCUACAAAACAAUUCAGCUAACUUUUUUUCCUCAAUUCUGCAAAUCUAAGCUCGCAAGUGUAAUAAUGUGCUAUGGGCUGUUUUUGCUAUCUAUUGUAAGUCAAAUUCCAUAAUGGACUGAACAAAUGUUCUUUCCUCCACAGCCAGACAAUGUACCUCAAUUCUGUUGAUCCUUGUACAGCCUCUGGAUUGGGCAAAGUUACUCACUCAUUGUUCUUUUAUUUGCUAGAUCAGUUAAAAGAUAAAAACUGUGUCAAAGGAAUUAAUCAGAUGCACUGAAUGAUUUCUUCUCAUUCCCUGUGUUCUGUUGCACUUGCUUGAGAAUUAAAUGGUUAACCUCAUUUUGUAAAAUUAAAUCCAGCAAUUCCCCUGGAUUGUUUUUUAUACAAUGGUCAGUGUUUGAUUGUGUUCUGAGGAUUGGCAAGGAAGGGGAGUUGCUGGUCCUGACCUUGUUUAAUUUGCAAUCAUCACUUGUCACCACAAUCAAGUUUGUUUCCAACAGAAAUGAAAAAAAUCUCAAGCUGCCAACUGUUUUACUGAUGUCCUUCCGUUUAGAGUUGAAUUCUUUGUGCGUGGACUUGUGUUGAAGAAAAUAAACUUGUGAAUGGAGGUAUAAGAAAA